CCCAUUCAUUCUCACCACAUCCUUCAAUACUCACUUUCUUUUACUGUAAAUCAAAAAAACUUUGAUCGUCCAUUUAUUUUUUCUCAGUUUUCUUCUCCAAAAAUGGCUAUCAGAAAAUCAAGCAAGCUGUCACAAACAACAGUUCUAAAACAGAUCGUAAAGCGGUGCUCGAGCUUGGGGAAGAAACAAGGGUACGACGAAGAAGGGCUUCCUCUCGACGUGCCAAAAGGUCACUUUGCAGUGUACGUUGGACACAACAGAACUAGAUAUAUCGUUCCCAUAUCGUUCUUGACAAGACCUGAAUUUCAAAUUCUUCUCCAACGUGCAGAAGAAGAAUUCGGGUUUUAUCAUGACAUGGGACUUACCAUUCCUUGUGAAGAAGAUGCUUUUGAGUCUCUUACCUCAAUGCUUAGAUGAGGAUAUACAUGAAGCUGCUUUUGCUUCUGUAUUUUUUAAUUAAUUUUUGUUUUUAUGAAGGAUUUUUUUAGGACGUUCACUUGAAGCAGACGAGUUAAAUUGGGUUUAUAUAUUUAAAGUUAGAAUAGGUUUGAUUUUGCAUCGUAGUGAUGAUUCCACGUUGUAAGUCUUAACUUGUAUUAUGUCCUACGAAUUUGCAAAUAUGAAAUAAUUUUUGGAAAUU